CACUAGAACUGGGACUCAAGCUAAGAACCGGAAAGUCAUCAUUGCCCCUAUUAAGAAGAAGACGUGGGUAAGGGAGAUCAAGGAACUUACGGACCCAUCUCCGCAACCAGAAUGCACAGAAGAAAGAGUAGAAGAAGAAGAAGGAACAGAAGAACCUAUCCAAUCCACACAAGACGUAGUGGACGAAGGAGUGGCAGCAAUGGACGAAGGAGCGGCAGCAACGGGCGAAGGAGCAACAGCAAGAGAUGAAGGCACGACUGCGAGAGAGGAAGAAGUGGCUGUGACUGAGGAAGGAGCGAUUGGAAGAGAAGAAGCAGCUGCCAGAGAGGAAGAAACGGUUACACGGGAAGGAGCACGUCCAAAAGAACUAGGGGCACGCCCAAGGGAAUAUAGAGCAGUAUCAAGAGAAAAGAAAGCAACAGUACAAACGGCCGGUGGUAUAUUGUCGCUUGAUGAUUUAUAUCCUGACUACACAUUCAGUGUUACAAAAGACGCAAAGAAGGAGCCAAAGCAUCCCCCUCAAUCGGAGGGAGAAUUAUUCCUACCCCUCCAGACCCAACCUUCUCUUGGAGGUAUGGAUGAUUGGAGGAGGAGGCCCUUAUCUCAGCACUGCCUUGUUCACCUUGGAGAUAUUGCUCUCUAUAGGAAUCAGACCAGCCAGGCAGAGUCGUACUAUAGACGUGCAGCUCAGCUUGUCCCUUCCAAUGGUCAGCCUUAUAAUCAGUUGGCUAUCCUAGCUUCCUCCAAAGGAGACCACUUGACCACAAUUUUCUACUACUGCAGAAGCAUUGCUGUGAAGUUUCCUUUCCCAGCUGCCUCCACUAACCUACAAAAAGCACUUUCUAAAGCACUGGAAAGUUGUGAUGAGGUGAAGACUCGAUGGAGCGUGUCUGACUUCAUCAAGGCAUUUAUUAAAUUCCAUGGCCAUGUGUAUCUGAGUAAGAGCUUGGAGAAGCUGAGCCCUCUUCGAGAAAAGCUGGAAGAACAGUUCAAGAGGUUGUUGUUCCAGAAGGCCUUCAAUUCUCAGCAGUUAGUCCACAUCACUGUUAUCAACCUGUUCCAACUGCAUCACCUGCGAGACUUCAGCAACGAAACGGAGCAGCACAGCUACAGCCAGGAUGAGCAGCUCUGCUGGACACAGUUCCUGGCUCUCUUCAUGUCCUUUCUUGGAGUUCUGUGCAAGUGUCCUUUACAAAAUGACUACCAGGAGGACUCUGGGGCUGCAUAUCCUCUUCCAGCUGUGAAGGUUUCCAUGGACUGGCUGAAACUUAGGCCCAGUGUUUUCCAGGAGGCAGUGGUUGAUGAAAGACGCAUAUGGCCCUGGCUGAUCUCUCUUCUAAACAGCUUCCAGCCUCAUGAAGAAGAUCUAUCCAGUAAAAAUGCAACCCCCCUUCCAGAAGAAUUUGAGUUGCAAGGAUUCCUGGCUCUGAGGCCUUCGUUCAGGAACUUGGAUUUUUCCAAAGGCCACCAGGCAAUUACAGGAGAUAAAGAAGGGCAGCAACGUCGGAUACGGCAGCAGCGCCUGAUCUUCACAGGCAAAUGGAUCGCUGAUAAUCAGCCGAGGUUGAUUCAGUGUGAAAAUGAGGCAGGGAAGCUGUUGUUAGUGACAGAAAUCCCAGAGCUGUUACUGGAGGACCCUAGUGAAGCCAAAGAGAGUCUCGCCUUGCAGGAGACAUCCGUGGCAGAGUCACUGUGUGCCGAUGGGAGCCCUGGACUCAAGUCAGUUCUGGCCUCUGGCAGAAGCCUGAGCAACUACUGUGAUGCAAGAGAAAAGCCAAUGGUCACGUUCAAAGAGAACAUCAAGCCCCGGGAGCUGAACAGGGAGCAAGGGCCCAUUUAUCCCCCGAAAGACGCAGCGAGGGAAAGGCAGGACUUUAGCAAAGGAAUAGUGGCAACUAAGAAUGAUGGGAAGAAGGACAACAAUAAAAGGAUUCCAAGUCAGGCCAGCAGUUCCCAGUUCAUCCCCAUUCAUCACCCAGGAGCCUUCCCUCCCCUUCCUAGCCGGCCAGGAUUUCCACCUCCAACCUAUGUUGUCCCCCCUCCUGUGGCUUUCUCCAUGAGCACAGGGUACACCCUCCUGGGUGGCGUUUCUGUCCCAGGAACCUUCUUCCAGCCCACAGCUCACUCACCUGUAGGAAACCAGGUGCAAGGUGGGAAACAGUCCCACAUUCCUUACAGCCAGCAACGGCCUCCAGGGCCAAUAACCCAGGGACCUCAGCAAACACCACCUCCUUCCCAGCAGCAAAUAGCAUGGAAUACUUCCGUGAUCACUUUCCUAGUUCCUUCCUGGUUACAAGCUGGUCUCCAGGAAGGUCUAGAGUGAAACCAUCACAGUCGUUCAGUUGGCCAGCUGUGUGAACAGGGUACCACCACAGGCAUCAGAGGCUGCAGCACGGGAGGAAAGGUGAGGGUGAGAGAGAGACAGACACUUCAUAU